CAGGGGGCAUAGUCGUGCUGCUUAAGUGGCUGGAAGUGUUAGUGCAUCCCGGAAUUGUCAUCACGCCGCUCGGCCAUCUUUUACAAGUACAACAGCCCGACUCUAAACACUGCACAACCACCAAAUUACUGUACAUAUUGAAGGAACAUUAUCCUGUGGUGAGACGUGAGUGCAGUCAUGUCGGACUUCAUCGACAGCGAGGCGGAGGAGUCUGAGGAGGAGUUUGAAGAGAAGGACCUGAAGCCCAAGAAGACACAGAGGUUCAUGGAGGACGACGAUGAGGAGGAAGAGGAGAACACGGAGGAUCAGGAUGAGCAGGGCAAUUUACGCGGACUCAUCGAUGAUGGAGAUGAGGAGCCGGAGGAAGAGGAUGAGGAGGACGAUGGGAAGAAGAGUGCAAGUGGAGGAGGGAGUGACUCAGAGGAGGAAGUGAGGCAUCGUCGUAAAAAGCGAAAUUACGACGACUACCUGGAUGAUGACGAUCUUGACCUCAUUGAGGAAAACUUAGGCGUGAAAGUCAAGAGGAGGAAGAAAAAAUACGACCGUGUGAAGACACUGGAUGAUGACGAGGAAGAUGACGAUGAGAAGGACCUGAUCGCAGACGAGAUCUUUCACGGGGACGGGGAUGGCGAGCUGGAGGAAGGCGAGGCUGUCCACGAGCCCCUCCAUCAAGCAGAGGAUGACGAGGAAGGAGAGGACGAGGAGUCGGACAUAGACGACUUUAUUGUGGAUGAUGAUGGACAACCCAUCACCAAGAAAAGGGGCAAGAAAUUUUCUGGAUACACGGACGCAGCCCUGCAGGAGGCGCAGGAGAUCUUUGGCGGCGACUUUGACUUUGCCGACUUUGACGCCGACACCUACGACCAGGGCGAGGAGGAGGAGGAGGACCAGGAUGAAGAGGGCUGGGACCGGCCAAAGAAGCAGACCAAGAGGAGGCAGGGGCGAAAGAGCAUCUUUGAGAUCUACGAGCCUAGCGAGCUGGAGAGUAGUCACAUGACCGACCAGGACAACGAGAUCCGCACCACGGACAUGCCCGAGAGGUUCCAGUUGCGAUCCAUCCCAGUCAAACCAGCAGAGGAUGACGAGCUGGAAGAGGAGGCAGAGUGGAUCUUCAGACACGGCUUCUCCACUCUCACCAUCUCCAUUCAGGAGAGCACAGAUUAUUUGGACAGAGGGACGACAGCCAACUUCAGCAGGAAAGGCCCCAGCACCAUCGCCAAAAUCAAAGAGGCGCUCAACUUCAUGAGGAAUCAACAGUUUGAGGUUCCCUUCAUAGCCUUUUACAGAAAAGAAUAUGUGGAGCCAGAACUGAACAUUAAUGACCUGUGGAAGGUGUGGCAGUGGGAUGAAAAGUGGACUCAGUUGAAGACCCGCAAGCAGAACCUCACCCGCCUCUUUCAGAAGAUGCAAUCCUACCAGUUUGAGCAAAUUUCUGCCGACCCGGACAAACCUUUGGCUGACGGAAUCCGUCCGCUAGACACGGCCGACAUGGAGAGACUGAAAGAUGUUCAGACUCUGGAGGAGCUUGGUGACGUCUACAACCACUUCCUGCUCUACUAUGGCCGAGACAUUCCCAAGAUGCAGAAUGCUGCCAAGACCAGCAAGAAGAGGCUCAGGAAGAUCAAAGAAGUCACGGAAGACGGUGAGGAGGAGGAGUUGGAGGUAGAAGAGGAAGAGGAGCAGAAAGGUCCAGACCUCAAGUUGGCAUCCCGCAGAGACAUGUACAGCAUCUGUCAGAGUGUAGGACUCGAUGGCCUGGCCAAAAAGUUUGGCUUGACCCCUGAGCAGUUUGGAGAGAACCUGCGAGACAGCUAUCAGCGCCACGAGACCGAGCAGUUCCCAGCCGAGCCCAUGGAGCUGGCCAAGGACUAUGUGUGCAGCCAGUUCCCUAGCCCGGAGACAGUUCUGGAAGGGACCCGAUACAUGGUGGCCAUGCAGAUCGCUCGGGAACCCCUGGUCAGACACGUGCUGCGGCAGACCUUCCAGGAGAGGGCCAAGAUCAACAUCAAGCCCACCAAGAAGGGCAAAAAGGAAAUAGAUGAGGCCCACUUUGCCUACUCCUUCAAGUACCUGAAGAACAAGGCUGUCAAAGAGCUGAACGGAGAUCAGUUCUUGAAGAUGUGUCUGGCUGAGGACGAGGGACUGCUGUCCAUUGACAUCUGCAUUGACCUCAUUGGAGUCAAAGGGUACGCGGGUGAUCAGACGUACUUCGACGAGAUCAAGCAGUUCUACUACCGUGACGAGUUCAGUCACCAGGUGCAGGAGUGGAACAGGCAGCGCACGUUGGCCAUCGAGAGAGCUCUCAACCAGUUCCUCUACCCUCAGAUGGCCAAGGAGCUCAAGAGCAAACUCCUCACUGAAGCCAAAGAGAGCAUCAUACGGUCGUGCUGUCGUCGACUGUACAACUGGUUGAAGGUGGCUCCUUACAGACCAGACCAGCAGCUUGAGGAAGAUGACGACCUGAUGGAUGAGAGUCAGGGGAAAGGCAUUCGGGUGCUCGGGGUGGCGUAUGCACCCAGCAGAGACACGCCCGUCUUCUGUGCUCUGAUUAACGGCGAGGGCGAGGUGGUGGACUUCCUGCGCUUGCCGUACUUCAUGAAGAGGAGGAACGCCUUCAGGGAGGACGAGCGUGAGAAGAAGGCCAACGACAUUGAAAAUCUAAAGAAGUUUUUGGCAAACAAGAAGCCUCAUGUGGUUGCCGUGGCGGGGGAAAGCAGGGAUGGCCAGAUGAUCAUGGAGGACAUUAAGAGGACAAUUGGAGAGCUGGAGCAGGAGUCCUCGCUGCCCGCUGUCGGCGUGGAGCUGGUGGACAAUGAGCUGGGCACACUCUACAUGAACAGCAAGAAGUCUGAGACUGAUUAUAGGGACUACCCCCCCUUGCUGCGGCAGGCAGUGUCCAUCGCCAGGAAGAUCCAAGACCCUCUGGUAGAGUACGCUCAGGUCUGCAGCUCAGACGAGGACAUCAUCUGUCUCAAACUGCACCCGCUGCAAGAACACGUGGUAAAGGAAGAUCUGCUCUCAGCUCUUUACUGUGAAUUCAUCAAUCGGGUCAACGAGGUGGGCGUGGAUGUGAACCGGGCCAUCGCCCACCCACACACUCAGAGUCUGGUCCAGUAUGUUUGUGGUCUGGGACCAAGAAAAGGCUCACAUCUGCUCAAGAUUCUGAAGCAGAACAACACCCGCCUGGAGAACAGAACCCAGCUGGUCACAAUGUGUCACAUGGGCCCAAAAGUGUUCAUCAACUGUGCUGGUUUCAUCAAGAUUGACACGGCGUCGCUUGGAGACAGCACCGACUCCUAUAUUGAGGUUCUGGAUGGCUCUCGUGUUCACCCUGAGACGUACGACUGGGCUCGCAAGAUGGCCGUGGACGCGCUGGAGUACGACGAAUCUGCUGAGGACGCCAACCCUUCGGGCGCCCUGGAAGAGAUCUUGGAGAACCCGGAGCGUCUCAAAGACCUGGACCUGGACGCAUUUGCUGAGGAGCUGGAGAGACAGGGCUACGGCAACAAGGGCAUCACACUGUAUGACAUUAGAGCUGAGCUGAGCUGCAGGUACAAAGACCUGAGAGUCCCCUAUAGGGUCCCCAACACUGAGGAGGUCUUCAACCUGCUCACCAAGGAGACUCCUGAGACGUUCUAUAUCGGCAAGCUAAUCACUAGUGUGGUGACCGGCAUCGCUCACCGGCGCCCCCAGGGGGAGAGCUACGACCAGGCCAUUCGUAACGACACUACAGGUCUGUGGCAGUGUCCCUUCUGCCAGCAGGACAACUUCCCGGAGCUCAGCGAGGUGUGGAACCACUUUGACAGCGGCUCCUGUCCCGGCCAGGCCAUCGGGGUGAGGAGUAGGUUGGACAAUGGCGUUCAGGGUUUUAUUCCAACCAAGUUCCUGAGUGACAAAGUGGUGAAACAUCCUGAAGAGAGAGUGAAGGUGGGCAUGACGGUUCACUGUCGCAUCAUGAAGAUCGACAUUGAGAAGUUCAGCGUGGAUCUCACAUGUCGCACCUCGGACCUGUCGGACAAGGCCAACGAGUGGAAGCUGCCGAAAGACAGCUACUACGACUUUGACGCCGAGGCUGAAGACCACAAGCAUGAGGAGGAGCUGAAGAAAAAACAGCAGCGGACACCGUACAUCAAGCGUGUCAUUGCCCACCCUAACUUCCACAACAUCAGCUUCAACCAGGCUGAGAAGAUGAUGGAGACCCUGGACCAGGGAGACCUGAUCAUCAGACCCAGCAGCAAGGGAGAGAAUCACCUCACCGUUACCUGGAAGGUGGCUGAUGGCAUCUACCAGCACGUGGAUGUGAGAGAAGAAGGCAAAGAGAACGCCUUCAGCUUAGGACACACGCUGUGGAUCAACAAUGAAGAGUUUGAAGACCUGGAUGAAAUCACAGCUCGCUUCAUUCAACCAAUGGCCGCCUUUGCUCGGGACCUGCUGGGCCACAAGUACUUUCAAGACUGUAACGGAGGAGCUAAGGAGAAAAUGGAGGAGCUGCUGAUCAGAACCAAGAGGGAGAAGCCAACCUUCAUUCCUUACUUUGUGUCUGCUUGUAAAGCUCUGCCUGGAAAGUUCCUACUGGGCUAUCAGCCUCGUGGAAAACCACGGGUGGAGUACGUGACCAUCACGCCUGAUGGCUUCAGGUACCGCUCACAGAUCUUUCCCACAGUCAACGGCUUGUUCCGCUGGUUUAAGGACCACUACCAAGAGCCUGUGCCAGGCAUCACGCCCACCAACAGCAACAGCAGCCGCACACGCACGCCUGCAUCUUUGAACGCAACGCCCGCCAACAUCAACAUCGCAGACCUGACACGAGCCGUCAACGCUCUCCCCCGCAACAUGACCUCUCAGAUGUUCAACGCCAUUGCGGCGGUCACGGCCCAGGGUCAGAACCCCAACGCCACGCCGGCGCAGUGGGGCUCCAGCCAGUACGGCUACAGUGGAGGCAGCACGGGAGGCGGCGGGAGCUCCUCGGCCUAUCAUGUGUUUGCCACGCCCCAGCAACCUAUGGCCACGCCCAUGAUGACACCCAGCUACUCGUACACGACGCCCAGCCAGCAGGCCCUCGGCACACCGCAGUACCCGGGCUCCACUCCACAGUCAACGCACGCUCACAGCGGCCAUACGUCACACCACAACCACCGCACCCACAGCAGCCAGCACGGACACGCCUCCAGCACGCCAUCAUCCUCUGUGUCCUCCCGAGGGCGGACGCCGCAGCAGAUGCAGCCAAAGCCCAGCAGCAGCGGCAGCAGCUCCACUGCGGUGGAUUGGGGCAAGAUGGCGGAGCAGUGGCUGAAAGAGAAAGAAGCCGAGGGGCGUAAGAAAGCUCAGAGGAUGACGCCGCGUCCGUCACCAAGCCCCAUGAUUGAGAGCACGCCCAUGUCCAUCGCCGGAGACGCCACACCCCUCCUGGAUGAGAUGGAUCGAUAGGACAUUGAGGGGGGCGUCCACAUCCCCCCCGACCACCACCUGCAGCCCGCCUCCUUGUCCAGACCUUAACCCCCCAUGACUCUUCCAUCAGUCUGCCAUCAUGACACCUGUCAAACAUUUCAUCAUCUGGUCACAGCAGUAUUCUCAAACAGGAAGUGACAUCUAAAUAUGGACCUGCAUGUCAGGCCAGCUGUCAAUCACUUUUAGUUUGCUCUGUGAGGGGCGGAGCCACUCCCUGGACUCUUUGUAUGGAACCAAUUAAAGACAUGUUUGUUUUUUGUUUUAACCUAAA